GAAGAGCAAACCGCAGCCGAAGAGAUGAGGGGAGGAGGCGCCCUCUUCCCCGCCGCCAUCCAUCUCCAUCCUAGGUAGCGACAUGGCGAGCGCCGCCUGAGGAGCGCCCAACGCCUCCGGAGGCCCCGCCUCGCGCUCCGCCCCUGCUUCUCUCUCUCUGCCGCCCGGGGAGAGGACCGUGGCCGCCGCCGCCGGGGCCCCUUCGCCUCGCCUCGCCAUGGCAGCCUCGGAGCUCUACGCGAAGUAUGCAAGGAUUUGGAUACCUGAUUCAGAAGUGGUCUGGAAGUCAGCAGAACUUGUGAAAGAUUAUAAGCCAGGAGACAAAGUCCUCCAUCUUCGACUUGAGGAUGGCAAGGAUCUUGAAUACAGCCUCGAUCCAAAGAAAAAGGAUCUGCCACCCUUGCGAAACCCUGAUAUACUUGUGGGAGAAAAUGACCUGACAGCACUCAGCUAUCUCCAUGAACCUGCUGUUCUCCAUAACCUAAAAGUUCGGUUUAUAGACUCGAAGCUCAUUUACACAUAUUGUGGCAUAGUUUUGGUAGCUAUAAAUCCUUACGAACAGCUGCCCAUCUAUGGCGAAGACAUCAUCAAUGCGUACAGUGGCCAGAAUAUGGGGGAUAUGGACCCCCACAUCUUUGCUGUGGCUGAGGAAGCAUAUAAACAGAUGGCCAGAGACGAGCGGAACCAGUCGAUCAUUGUAAGUGGGGAGUCAGGCGCUGGAAAAACAGUCUCUGCUAAAUACGCAAUGAGAUAUUUUGCCACUGUAAGUGGGUCUGCCAGUGAAGCUAACGUUGAAGAGAAAGUAUUGGCUUCCAAUCCCAUCAUGGAGUCCAUUGGGAACGCCAAAACCACGCGGAAUGAUAACAGCAGUCGCUUUGGGAAGUACAUUGAGAUAGGUUUUGAUAAGCGGUAUCGAAUUACUGGUGCUAACAUGAGAACAUACCUCCUAGAAAAAUCAAGAGUGGUCUUCCAGGCCGACGAAGAGCGAAAUUACCAUAUCUUUUAUCAGCUUUGUGCUUCUGCAGCAGUGCCGGAAUUUAAAACAUUGCGGUUAGGCAAUGCAGACUAUUUUUACUAUACAAAGCAAGGGGGCAGCCCAGUGAUUGAUGGUGUUGAUGAUGCAAAGGAGAUGGCAAACACGAGGCGUGCGUGCACAUUGUUAGGGAUUGUUGAUUCCUGCCAGAUGGGAAUUUUUCAAAUCCUUGCUGCUAUUCUUCACCUGGGCAAUGUAGCAUUUCAGUCUCGCGAUUCCGACAGCUGUGUAAUACCACCAAAACACGAACCUCUCAAGAUUUUCUGUGACCUCAUGGGAGUGGAGUAUGACCAAAUGGCUCACUGGCUCUGCCAUAAGAAACUUGCCACUGCCACAGAGACAUACAUCAAGCCUAUUUCCAAGCUGCAAGCCAUCAACGGCAGGGAUGCUCUUGCAAAACACAUUUAUGCCAAUCUCUUUAACUGGAUUGUCGAUCACGUGAACAAAGCUCUUUAUUCUCCCACGAAACAGCAUUCGUUUAUUGGUGUAUUGGACAUUUACGGGUUUGAAACAUUUGAGAUCAACAGCUUUGAACAAUUUUGUAUCAACUAUGCCAAUGAGAAACUGCAGCAACAGUUCAAUAUGCAUGUAUUUAAGCUAGAGCAAGAAGAAUAUAUGAGGGAAGAAAUUCCAUGGACCUUGAUUGAUUUCUAUGACAAUCAACCCUGCAUUAAUCUCAUAGAGGCCAAAUUGGGAAUUUUGGAUUUAUUAGAUGAGGAAUGUAAGAUGCCUAAAGGUUCAGAUAAUAGUUGGGCCCAGAAAUUAUACAAUACGCAUUUGAACAAGACUUCGCUUUUUGAAAAACCCCGCUUGUCAAACAAGGCCUUUAUCAUCCAACACUUUGCAGAUAAGGUGGAAUACCAAUGCGAAGGCUUUUUGGAAAAAAACAAAGACACUGUCUAUGAAGAGCAGAUCAAAGUCCUAAAAUCAAGUAAGUUCAAGAUGCUGCCAGAGCUGUUUCACGAUGAGAAGGAGGCCGCUCCUGCUUCCGCAGCACCCGCUGGCCGCACGCCUUUAUCCCGAGCCGCCGUGAAACCAGCCAAGUCAAAAGUCGCUCAGACAAGCAGGGAACACAAGAAGAGCGUGGGCACUCAGUUCAGAAAUUCCCUGCAUCUUCUCAUGGAGACCCUUAAUGCCACGACGCCACAUUAUGUGCGGUGUAUUAAACCAAAUGACUUCAAGAUUCCAUUCAUGUUUGAUGAAAAACGGACUGUGCAGCAGCUCCGGGCUUGCGGUGUGUUGGAAACCAUCCGAAUCAGUGCAGCUGGUUUUCCCUCGAGGUGGACAUAUCAAGAAUUCUUCAGCCGCUACCGCGUCCUGAUGAAGCAGAAGGACGUUCUCAGUGACAGAAAGCAGACCUGUAAAAACGUCUUGGAGAAGCUGAUUCUGGACAAGGAUAAAUACCAGUUUGGGAAGACGAAAAUAUUUUUCCGGGCUGGCCAGGUGGCUUACAUGGAAAAAAUAAGGGCGGACAAACUCAGAGAGGCUUGCAUCCGCAUCCAAAAGACCAUCAGAGGGUGGCUGUUCAGGAAGAAGUACCUGCGCAUGCGGAAAGCGGCCAUCACGGUUCAAAGAUAUGUCCGAGGAUACCAGGCGCGAUGCCUUGCCAGCUUUCUUCGGAGAACCAAAGCUGCCACCAUUAUCCAGAAAUUCCGGCGCAUGUACGCUACACGCAAGCGAUACCGUCGCACACGAGCAUCCACCGUGGCCCUUCAGUCCUACAUGCGAGGUUAUCUUGCCAGGAAGAAGUACCGCAGGAUGCUUGAAGAGCACAAGGCCAUCAUUAUCCAGAAGCACGUGCGCGGGUGGCUGAGCCGCAAGCGCUACCAGAAGACCUUGAAGGGCAUUGUCUACUUGCAAUGUUGCUGCCGGCGCAUGAUAGCCAAGAGGGAGUUGAAGAAGCUGAAGAUCGAAGCCCGCUCUGUGGAACACUACAAGAAGCUCAACGUUGGCAUGGAGAACAAGAUCAUGCAGCUCCAGCGUAAAAUCAAUGAGCAGUCAAAAGACUCCAAAUCCCUGCUUGAGAAACUGACCACUCUUGAGGCAACAUACAAUUCUGAGACAGAAAAACUGAAGAAUGAUGUGGAAAGGCUUAGGAUGAGUGAAGAAGAGGCCAAGAAUGCGACCAACCGGCUCCUUACGCUUCAAGAUGAGAUCAGCAAGCUCCGAAAGGAACUGCACCAGACGCAGAUUGCAAAGAAGACCAUCGAGGAACAGGCAGAUGUAUAUAAACAGGAGACAGACAAGCUGGUGCUAGAACUUACAGAGCAAAACACCCUGCUUAAAAAAGAAAAAGAUGAGCUGAACCAUCAUAUCCAGGAGCAGGCCAAAGAGAUAACAGAGGUCAUGGAGAAAAAGCUUCUUGAGGAGACGAAACAGCUGGACCUGGAUCUGAAUAAUGAAAGGCAGCGGUAUCAGAACCUCCUCCAAGAGUUUAGUCGGUUAGAGGAGCGAUACGAUGACCUCAAGGAUGAGAUGAAUUUGAUGGUGAACAUCUCUAAGCCUGGACACAAACGAAGAGAUUCCACACAUAGCAACGAAUCCGAAAAUACCUAUAGCUCUGAGAUCACUGAACCAGAAGAGCUGCAAAUGAGAACAGAGGAACCAAGUGAGAAGAAAGCUCCACUGGACAUGUCUCUCUUCCUCAAGCUUCAAAAACGGGUUUCGGAGCUGGAGCAGGAAAAGCAAUCCAUGCAGGAUGAGUUGGACAGGAAAGAAGAACAAGUUCUCCGAGCCAAGGCCAAGGAGGAGGAAAGGCCUCAAAUGAGAGGUGCUGAGCUGGAAUAUGAAUCACUUAAGCGUCAAGAGCUUGAAUCAGAAAAUAAGAAACUGAAGAAUGAGUUGAAUGAGCUGAGGAAAGCCCUGCUGGAAAAGAGCUCUCCAGAUGCAACGGCUCCUGGUGCCCCGGGGUACAGAGUCCUCUUGGAUCAGAUGGCCUCUGUUAGCGAGGAACUAGAAGUGCGCAAGGAGGAAGUCCUCAUCUUGAGAUCUCAGCUGAUGAGCCAGAAGGAGGCAAUUCCACCCAAGAACACGAUGACUGACUCCACAAUCCUUUUGGAGGAUGUACAGAAGAUGAAGGACAAAGGAGAGAUAGCUCAGGCGUACAUUGGUUUGAAGGAGACAAACAGAUCGUCUCUUCAAGACUAUCAUAUGCUGAAUGAGGAUGGAGAGCUGUGGCUGGUUUAUGAAGGGCUAAAACAAACCAACAGGCUUCUGGAGUCUCAGCUACAGACUCAGAAAAGGAGCCAUGACAAUGAAUUGGAAGCCCUCCGCGGAGAGAUUCAAAGCCUGAAGGAGGAAAACAACCGCCAGCAACAGUUGCUGGCACAAAAUCUCCAGUUGCCCCCAGAGGCCCGGAUAGAAGCUAGCUUACAGCACGAGAUCACCCGCCUGACGAAUGAAAACCUGUAUUUUGAGGAGUUAUAUGCAGAUGACCCCACGAAGUAUCAGUCGUACCGGAUUUCACUUUACAAGCGGAUGAUUGAUUUGAUGGAACAGCUUGAAAAACAGGACAAGACUGUUCGCAAACUGAAAAAGCAACUCAAAGUCUUUGCUAAAAAGAUUGACGAACUUGAAGUGGGUCAGAUGGAGAACAUUUCGCCUGGACAAAUAAUCGACGAGCCGAUCCAUCCUGUGAAUAUUCCAAGGAAAGAAAAAGACUUCCAGGGAAUGUUGGAGUAUAAGAGAGAGGAUGAACCCAAACUCAUCAAGAACCUUAUUUUAGAACUGAAACCACGUGGUGUUGCAGUCAAUCUCAUCCCAGGAUUGCCUGCUUAUAUUUUGUUCAUGUGCGUCCGCCAUGCAGACUAUGUUAAUGAUGAUCAAAAAGUGAGGUCCUUGCUGACUUCCACGAUUAAUGGCAUCAAGAAAAUUUUGAAGAAAAGAGGUGAUGACUUUGAAGCGGUUUCCUUCUGGCUGUCUAACACGUGCCGAUUUUUGCACUGUUUGAAGCAGUACAGUGGCGAAGAGGGGUUUAUGAAGCACAACACGCCUCGUCAAAAUGAACACUGCCUCCACAAUUUUGACCUUGCCGAAUACAGGCAAGUGCUGAGUGAUUUGGCCAUUCAGAUUUAUCAGCAGCUUGUAAGAGUGUUGGAGAAUAUUCUUCAGCCAAUGAUUGUUUCAGGGAUGUUGGAACACGAAACUAUCCAAGGGGUCUCGGGCGUAAAACCAACCGGCCUCCGAAAGAGAACCUCCAGUAUUGCUGAUGAAGGGACAUACACACUAGACUCUAUCAUUCGGCAACAGAACACUUUCCACUCCAUCAUGUGUCAACAUGGGAUGGAUCCAGAACUGAUCAAACAGGUGGUCAAGCAGAUGUUUUACAUCAUUGGGGCUGUGACCCUCAACAACCUCCUCCUGCGAAAAGACAUGUGCUCCUGGAGUAAAGGGAUGCAGAUAAGGUACAAUGUAAGUCAGCUUGAAGAAUGGCUUCGGGACAAAAACCUGAUGAAUAGUGGUGCUAAGGAAACUCUGGAGCCCCUUAUCCAGGCAGCACAGUUGUUGCAAGUGAAAAAGAAGACGGAUGAAGAUGCAGAGGCCAUUUGCUGCAUGUGCAAUGCCUUAACUACUGCACAGAUUGUUAAAGUUUUGAACUUGUAUACUCCAGUUAAUGAGUUUGAAGAAAGAGUGUCUGUGUCCUUCAUCCGGACGAUACAGCUGCGUAUGAGAGACCGGAAAGACUCUCCUCAACUGCUGAUGGAUGCUAAGCAUAUUUUCCCCGUUACUUUCCCAUUUAAUCCCUCAUCCCUUGCAUUAGAAACCAUCCAGAUCCCAGCAAGUUUGGGUCUAGGAUUCAUCACUCGUGUCUGAAUCACAGAUGCAUUUAGCUCUCGAUCAUGAGUUUGCCGCCUGUACUUUCUAAGCGUGAAAAUGAACACAGAAAAGCCAUGAGGAUGGGGUGGGGUAGGGAAAUAGGGGAAGAGGGCUUCAAAAACAUUGUAGAUAUACCCAUUAUGUUUGAAGUGGCCCUUCAAAGAAGCCAUUAGCAGAUCCCUGCUGCAUAUACCCUUGGUGGGAAAGAUGCACCCAGAGGCUUCCAAUGUGAUGUGUGCACUCAAGUCCAUAAAGCAUUUCUCAUUCUCCUUUCCAUAGAGAAGCAAAAAAAAAAGUGUGAGAGGACAUUUUAGCUCUUUAUAUCACAUUUCACUGUAAUUAAAUCAUAUGUAUUCCACCAAUAGGCAAGGAACCAAAAGGACAUAGGAAGUAAUGUAAGAUGCGUAACGAAUUAAUGUAAAAUUAGUGAAGAAUGUAAGUAUCUUGGGAUAUCAUCUUUAUAUAUUAUAGACUGGAAGGUAUACUGUAAACUGGCAACAUAGGACACAAUCCAAAGGCCUAUUAAAAUGAGGAGCUCCAUAAGAGUAGGCCUACUCUUGGGGAAAUUUCAGUCAUUUCAAGGAGGGCUUGCACAGUAGACAUCCAUAAUACAUCACAACCAAGGAGCAGAUAAUCUGUCAAACAGCUUUCUUAUUUAUGUCAGUGUGGCAUAAAUGAUGAAGUAUCAAAAAAGUCUUUGGGCUUAUUCUAUGGUACGAUGUAGCUGUUCAUUAGUUAGUAUCCUUUUAAAGCAUAUCAAAGUGCUGCUGUGUACCGUGUUCUUUUCAAUGUACAACAAUAAUUGUUAGGCAAGAGAAAUAUAAGAUUUCAAAAUGAAACACAACUUUUAAUUGUCCAGUCUUUUAACAAGAUGUACGCAAGAGUUAAGAAGCAUCAUUGGUGAUAGGAAACGGUAACUAAGCACAAAUAACCAACUGGAUGCUGUAUAAUCAUGGUUCGGAGUAAGUUAACUAAAGUAUUCAAGAUUGUUCAGUGAACAAAACCCAAUCGCAUUGUAUUUUACUAUUUAUUUAUCAUUUCUGUGUAUUCUAAUUUUUCAUCAUCAUUUUUGACUUGUCAGUUUUGUAAUUGCGGCGUUUUAUUAUUAUUAUUAUUUUUCUUUUUGGAAUUGCUUUGUGCUGGGUCCAUUUCACACUUCAGAGGAAUCUCAAAGGCCUCGCUGAAGGAGGAAUUCGUUCAACUCAUAUCUCCACUCUGCUACACAUUCAUUAUUAGAGGGUAGAGCAACCCCCUAAUUUGGAUGCACUUUAAAAAAAUAAUAAUAUUCUGCUAUUGGGAAAUUUUAAUGAAGACUUUUAAGAACAAGGGUGUUUGUUUAAAGAAAUAUUUUUUGCAAGGAAUUCCCACAUUUUAGAUAUUUGUUCAGAUUUGCUUCAGUGAGAAGCCCAUAUUUCAAAAUGUCUGACAUGCCUUCUCAAUCGUUCAUGGACCCAAGUUUUCUUUUAAUUGAUCACAUACAUAGGAAGAAACUACAUAUUUUGAAAUUGCCAUGUGCAAUAUUUUAAUGUAUUAUAGAAAUUAUAAUUAUGUUUAUUUUAAAACAUAUCUAGAUGCUGUAAUGGCAUAUCAUUAAAAGUUCUGAUACUGAUUUCCAUUUCUCUGCAUAUCUUGAAAACCAUGCUGUCAUUUGGGAAGACCAAUGUAUUUUAAUUUUGAGUUUUAUAGGAGAGUGAUACGCACCUAGUAUAAUAUGGUCACUGAUAAAAGCUAAUAAAGUAAAUUUCAGUUUUAUCAGUACUGUUUUGAAGAGCUGAUUUGGGCUCUUCCCUCCUUCUCUUUAAUUUUGUUCUGGGUUUUUAUUGUCAGCAGAGUUGGAAGUUGUUAUAAGAAACAUUAACUACUUAGACUCAAACAUUGUCUUCUAAACCAGGGCUUCUUAAACUUUUCUAUUUUGGCCUGAGAGACUUUCACUUGAUCCUAGGUAUGCAGGUAUAUAAAAUGGGUAUAAAAAUCAAACAUUUACUGACAACAAAUCAGCAUUUGCAAGGCUUGCUAAACAGCCCGAUUCCCCUUUUAAUGAAGUACAACUGAAGCAUUUUCUUUGCACAACAGACUCGUGUAAAUACCUAAAACAGCCGCUAGGUGGCAUUCAGAAAGCUUUUAUCAUUGCUAACUUUUUCAGGACCCAACACUGAGCAUUUGGGGUUGCAACCCACAGUUUAAGAAGCCCUGCUCUAAACUACUUUCGUGAUUUAUGUUAAAUGAAGAGGUAUAUACUUGAAUAUAUUUAUUUGACAUCUGGCUAUCCAUGUUGACUCCCAACAAGAUGCAUUUCUUUCAGAUUAACUUUUAAAAGAUACUCUAUAGUUGCACCAUGUGGGUUCUAGGUUAGGUAUGGGCGGACUUCGGCCCGCCAGAUGUUUUGGACUUCAACUCCCACCAUUCCUGCUGUUUUAAAUCGGUUUUAGGAGAGCUCUGGCACGAUACAGUAGGAAUCCAGUUAAAGUUUGAGAAGUAUGAUUUACACCAACUGGAGACCAUGAACACGAGACCCGUGUGUGUUUCUUUCUUGUUUACCUAGGCCAGGCAUGGGCAGACUUUGGCCCGCCAGAUGUUUUGGACUUCAACUCCCACAAUUCCUAACAGCCUCAGGCCCUUUCCUUUUGCCCAGAGCUCUCCUAAAACCGAUUUAAAACAGCAGCACUUCUGAAAAUUAACUAAAGCAAAAACAAAUAGUCUCCAUCAUCUUCCUAUUGAUCCUCUGAAUCAACUGGAUACUGUCUUUUAAAACUCAGCUUCUCCAGAAGUGAUAUUUAUAUAUUGUUGAAGGCUUUCGUAGCCAGAAUCACUGGGUUGCUGUGAGUUUUCCGGGCUGUAUGGCCAUGUUCCAGAAGCAUUCUCUCCAGAUGUUUCACCAUCAAAAGUUGCGAGGAAGGGUUUAACCCAUUGUGCCACCGCCGUUCUCACCUCUGAGGAUGCCUGCCAUAGAUGUGGGCUAAACGUCAAGAGAUAAUGCUUCCCGAACACAACCAUACAGCCUGGAAAACACACAACAACCUGAUGUUUAUAUAUCUUUUUAAAAAAUAUUGUUUACCUGUAAAGAAGCCUUACUGUACCUUGUUUACUUACAAGAGUGGUAGAUGAUAAUAGGCAUUAUUACCCAGGCACUAACAUUACUUUUCUCUCAUGUUAAAAUCGUACGCUGCUCGAAAGGAAACUGUUUCUCAGUUUCGUGUUUUGUUGUCAUUCAUCGACCCCUUUCCAUGUUUGAUUGUAUGCUGCUUCGCCUGUUUCGAAGAAAGUCGUUUCUGAGUUUAAUUAGUAUUUUGUAAUUUAUCAGGUACUUAAAAAAAACAGUAUUUACGUGCACUUUUCAUAGGUUGAAGUCUUUAGUGUUGGUACAUAAAUAAAACAUCUAUUUUAGGUUUUCAGGUUGAAGGCCCUGGUUUACCUUUUCCCACUUCUUUAAAGCAAGGUUUUUUUCUUUUUUAAAAAAUGUGGGAACGUCUUUGUUGUUAAAGUUGUUAAUUUGACAUGGAAUUCAGUGCUGGGAAAACGAUGCUUUUGAAACGUAGAAACCCACAGAGUAUUGCACAAAUGUUACCUCAAAAGAUUUCAGAUCUUUUUAUUUUUAUUUGAACACUGAGUUUGCCAAUGUUGUAAAUGUCGUCCCAUCUUCAGAUUUUACCAAAAUCCUUCUCAACUUUCCAACCUGGGGUGGAACUUGAAAAUAAAGAUUUUUUUGUUUCAGUGGAGCAUAUAUGCAGUUGUGUGCACAAUUUUAAAGCCCUAACAAUGUCAGUGGAACCUAUUCCCAUGUUGGAGAACCAUAUGGCAUCCUUUUUUUCUCAUCUCUCAAAACCACCAGCAUUUGGAAGCUGAAGAUAUCUCUUUUUAUUUCCAUUUUUACACUGGACGCAUCUCAAUGUUAUACCACAUUAACAUUCUUUGAAAAAUUCAACUUUUGAUUUGCUUUUAUGGAAGAAAGGCUUUGGCCGUAGAUUUCUUCCACUUGAUCUUGCCACAGUGCUUAGAGGAAAACCAAAACGGUACCCGAAUGACAUGAGCUCAGAAUUGUCAUUGUGUCUGACAUUGUACUUAGUAAACGUAUGCUUCAUAAAUGCUGUAUCUUAGCGAUCACUGGAAAUGUCCGAAUAAAAAAAAACAACUACUA